AUGUCCUUUACUUCACCUACUACCCCAAGCACCCCUCCCGUGUUCUUCCCCGAGCACCGGCACCAAAUCCUAUCCACCAUCGUCCAUCUACUCGGGUGCUCGAUCCUCUCCGCAUGCCUGGCCCGUCGCUUCAGCGUGAGGAACAUGUCGUUGGCAAAAGCGUGUAUUGUUCUCAUCUUUGUUGAUUCAUGGCUCUUCGUUUUCUCUUCCGGUGUCGUCGUCAAUGGGGUAGGCAUGUCGCUCAACCUUGGGGCCUGCCUCUCCGGGAUCUACCUAUGCAUUUUCUUCUACGCAUCGAGCAAGAUUGUGAUCUAUAUCUUUCUGGCCGAAAAGGUUCAUAUCGUCUGGAGUGCGGGCAAUACCGUCAGUAGAUUGCGCAGCAAGGUGUGGCUUGUCUGUUGCUUUGUGUUGGUGGGAUACCUCGUCGUAUUCGUCUUGAUGUUGGUCGCUCGCAUUGGUUUCUUCAGGGAAGACGGGACCUGCGUCAUCGGCUUGAAGACGAUGGCCACAAUCCCUCUCCUUACUUACGACAUCUUCCUCAACAUUUUCCUCACUGGCCUCUUUGUUUGGCCUCUUUACAUGCGUCAGUUGUCAAAUCCCAAGCUCAAGAGCCUUGCGACCCGAACGUGCUUCGCCGCAGCGGCUGCCCUUUGCACCUCGGUCAUCAACAUUGCGAUCCUCACCACACUUCACGGUCGGCAACUCGCCUGGGUUCUGUCCCAGGUCUGCUUGGCUAGUUGUUCAUCAGACGUGACGAUCAACGCUGCAGUUAUCUAUGCCGUCUCUCGCCGUAAGGAGAGCACGUCGACGGUCGAUAUGGAGUCUCACCGUAAUCCUUUGUCCUAUGAACGACCAGCCAAACCGUCCCCCGCCUUCAUGUUCAAAGAUCGAGUUCGCAACAAGUCCAAUGGAGAUGGAUUCGUGGUCACGUCCCGCUCGCAAACCCUCACCCAUAUCUGUGAUCUCUGCGCGGACGAUUCUCAAAUGACGAUGGCAAGCACGAUUCCCGAUACCACCGUCUCCAACCCUGGAUACGACUAUCUGCCGAAGGAUCAAGUGCCUACGAUAAUCGAUGAAACAAAGCCGAUUACACCUUUUGGCGAAAUGAUCGAUCAAGAACUUGUAAAGGCGCCAAACCUCAGCGUCAGUUACAAUGGCCACCAAGUCUCGGGAGAACAUUCUAGACGUCUUAUCAGCCAUGGCCACCGCAGGAGCUCCCGCAGCUUAAUCGCUGAGUUCAAGGACCGAGUGACCAAGCGCUCGCCGGUGAUCGUCGAAGACGUUGCUAUUCAGGUCACUGUUAUGACAGAACAUACUCCAACCGACGAUUCUGCUUUGCACAUCACGACAAAACAAGGCGAUAAUACUACCGACCCCAGCUACUUGAAGUAG